UCCCUCGCUGGUGGGGUGGGGUGCUCUUCGUGGAGCGCUUGAGCGGCAGCUGAGGUGCAUAAGCGGGGUGAUGUGGAGCCGGGACUCGGACGGCCAAAGCGGCGCCGUUUCUCCCCGGGGGUCCGAGAGGUCAUGGCGAACGUCAAAGUAGCUGUGCGAGUCCGGCCCCUCAGCAAAAGAGAGCAUGCAGAAGGAAGAGCAAUAAUUGUGGAAAUUGAAGAUAGAGUGGCAACAGUAAAAAAAGUAAAGGUAGACAACAGGUUCGAAAGUGUUUGGGGCACAAGGGAAAAAGUUGUGUCAUUUGGUUUUGAUUACUGCUAUUGGUCAAUUGAUCCUGAAGAUCCGAAAUAUGCAUCUCAGGAAAUGGUUUUUCAGGAUCUUGGUACAAUGGUGUUAUCCAGUGCUUUUAAAGGAUACAAUAUUUGUCUUUUUGCUUAUGGACAGACAGGUUCAGGAAAAACAUAUACCAUGAUGGGAACUCCAGCUUCCAUUGGAUUAACGCCUCGGAUAUGUCAGGGUCUUUUUUCAAGAGAAGGUGCCUCUUCCAAGCAGUCAACAUCAUGCAGAGUAGAAGUUAGUUUCCUAGAAAUUUAUAAUGAACAAGUCCGCGAUUUAUUAAGGCAGUCAAACCAUAAGAAGCCAUAUACACUUCGUGUCCGUGAACACCCUGAGAUGGGUCCAUAUGUUCAAGGGCUAUCUCAACAUAUGGUUACAGACUACAGACAAGUAGUUGAACUUCUGGAAGAAGGGAUAGCAAAUAGAAUCACAGCAGCUACUCAUGUUCAUGAUGCCAGCAGUAGAUCCCAUGCUAUUUUCACCAUCCAAUAUACUCAAGCCAUACUUGAGAAUAAUCUGCCUUCUGAAACAGCAAGCAAGAUCAAUUUAGUGGACCUUGCAGGCAGUGAAAAGGCCGAUCCUAGUUAUUGCAAAAAUCGAAUCACAGAGGGUGCCAACAUUAACAAAUCAUUAGUUACUCUUGGAAUUGUCAUCUCUACUUUAGCCGAAAACACUCAAAUGUUCAGCAGCUGCCAGAGCAUCAGCAGUAUAGCCAGUGAAGUGGACAGUGACCGUACAGAUAGUUACUCUGGCUCCAAUAUCAAUAGCUGCAAGCGUCAAGCUUAUAUUCCAUAUCGGGAUUCCAUUCUUACUUGGCUUCUGAAGGAUAGUCUGGGUGGCAAUUCCAAGACCAUAAUGAUUGCAAUUCCUCUAAUUUUUCAGGAUGCAAAUGUGAAACUGAUUAGAGAAUUACAAGAAGAAAUACGUAGAUUGAAAAUUAUGUUGAUGAAUUUUGAGAUGAUGAAUUCUAGCCCUUCAUGGAGUGAUGACAAAGAAGGAAAUCUUACGGAAUUAGUACUUCAAAAUGAAAUUAAGAUAGACCAGUUGACCAAAGACUGGACAGAUAAAUGGAUUAACAGAAAAGCUAUUAUGGAAGAGUACAGUGUGGAUAUCAACAAGAAAAAAGCUGGAGUGACAAUAGACUCCAGUUUACCUCAUUUCAUGGCCAUGGACGAUGACAUCCUUAGUACUGGAGUCGUACUGUACCAUCUCAGGGAAGGAACAACCAAAAUUGGAAGAAGUGAUUCAAACCAGGACCAAGAUAUUGUGUUGCAGGGUCAGGAGAUUGAAAGGAACCAUUGUAUUGUAGACAACCGGCAUGGGAUUGUGACUCUGCGGCCUCUUCAGGGAGCACAUUGUGUUGUAAAUCAUCAUGAAGUAACUGAUUCUGUUCGUUUAUCACAAGGAGCUGUAGUUGUCCUUGGCAAAACUCACAAAUUUAGAUUCAACCAUCCUGCUGAAGCUGCCCUUUUAAGGCAGAGGCGUUCAAUCUGUGAAACUUCCUCUGUCGUGAAUUUCAGAUCUCUUGAAUGGCUAGAUCUGGAUGGAGAUUGUUCUUCCCUUUCAUGUAGCUUUUAUCCAGGUGAAGCAGAAAGCAAUGAACGGAGAGAUCUUGCAUAUGAAGAAUGCCAGCCAAAGUUGAAAAACCAUGAGAUUCUUCAAAGCACGGAAAUUCAACAUCAGCAACAAUAUAUUGAAGAAUUACAGCAACAAAUCCUGGAUGGGCAGAUCAAAGCUGAGCAAGAGCUGGAGCAUGAUCAGGCAGUAAUUGAUCAGCAGAUCAGAGAAAAUCGACAGUGGCUCAUUGAUGAAAAGAAACUUUUGGCUAGCCAGGAGCAGCGGGAGUCUGCUGUGCAGACUGAGGUCAAAUCCUACGCUGAAGCUGGAGUUCAGCAUGAAUCAGAAUUGGAGAUUGGCCCUUCCUUGGCAGAGCAGAACAAGAAGAAAUUAGUGCAGCUAGAACUUUUACGAAAAUACUCUUUGAAGAAAGCAGAAAGGCAUUUGAGUCAAAAGAAGCUCAAACUGCAUUUGGAGAGGAUUGUGAAGAAGCAGAAAUUGUUAGAAGCAAAGAAAAACCUGGAAUGGUUAGAAGCUACUUGCUGGGUCAGCAAAAACAAUGUGAUAUCUCUGCAGUUCUUGAAUCAAGAUACCAGCAUUAAGUCUUCAAACUGCAAACGUCCAUGGCCAAGAUCAAACCCAGAACCUUUGCAAUGCCAAAGGAAGACUUGCUUAAAACCUCAGUCACCACAAUCCAGUAUUUUCUUGAAGAGAAAUCCCUCUCGGAUAUCUACCUCAGCACAUAACUACGCAUGCUCCAUAAUCAAUCCACCAAGGAAAUAUCCGUCUGCAGAAUAUUUUCCCAGAGCAGUCCAAGAACAUUCCAGAAGAAAUACUCACGAGGAAAAAGAUGGAUCUUUCUUAACACAGAAACAGAUAAUCAAAAAACAGGAUAUCUAUUUCAGAAAUAAAGGAGUAGUGGAAAAUAACUGUAAUAAUACAGAAGUCAUUUAUUUUGAUAAACAUAAGCAAACAAUGGAGAGAUCAGAUAAUAGCUUAAGACCAACCAGAUCUAAAGCCCAGAGAUCAAAGGCCUGUACAACAGAUCAUUUUAAGGAAAAGCAUGAACCUGAAACAAAGAAGGAAGGGUCUGAAAUUAAAGAACUAGAAUUAAUUCAAGACUUAGAAAAUAAUGCAGCUCAGGAAGCCAGUAGAAAAUUUCAGGCGGAUAAAAGAAAAAAGCACCAAAGUUCAUUUCCUGGAAAUUCUGUUAAGAAACUUAAAAAAUCAUCAAUAUAUGGUAAACCAUUUCUCCAACAACAGAUCCAGACCCCAAAGAACUUUAAAAAGGGUUCAGUGGACAAACAUUCAUUAGAAAAGCACGAAUUCUUACCUUCGGCAAGAAGCCUUAAUAAUCUAAAUAGUCAUGUAUCACUUUGUCAUGGAAAAAGAAGAUGGCGUAGUGCUGAAGUGCUGAAUGAUAGAAUCUCCAAAACAGUCCAUGAUCCACUGAUCAGCUGGCAAGAAGGUGAGGAUGUUGAGUUUUCUGACACAGAUAGUAAUUAUUCUGUGGAUUCCCUUUCAUGUGCUACUUCAGAAGUCUUGACAGGACAAUUGAGUCAUCUGAAGGAAUCAGCUCAAAUAGACACUGUGGAAUUAGAAGGUUCAGAAAGUGAUGACAGCCAAAUGUCACAAGAUUCACUUACAGAAAAGGAAAACAAUGCCGAAAACCAAGAUAUGAAUGAUUCUUCUAAAAUACAUCCAGAACCUAUUAAGGUCUGCAAAGGCGAGCGUGAUCAAUCUCUCUCACAGUUAACAAGCACAUCCACAUCAGGCGAUCUGACUAUCAAUGCAAGAAGCUUUUCUCUGGAUAGCUUAGGUGAUGCUGAUGAGGUGUCAGAUCUUGCAGAAGAAUCUAAACUAGAUUCAUACGAUGAAGUGCCAGCGGAAGUUUUUUGGAAAUUGCAAAACCUAAGGUCAGACUGUGUUCUGAGUGAUGAACAGAACAAGCUUGAGCUCUGUAGUGAAACUAGUGCAUUGAGUCUCAAUGCAAGUUCUUUUUACUUAGAUGUCAAUUCACAGUUUAGUUCUGUUUGUGAUCAAACACCGAACAAAAUGAAAAUAAGUCAGGUCAAGUGGCUCAGCAGAUCAAGGACCAUUCAGAAUUUUGGGUUGCUCGGAUACAAUCAGCUGCUGAAUUAUCUUGUUACUUGCUAUAACAAACCCCGUCAGAUUUAUCAUGAGCCAAAUAAGAUUGAAAUGCUAAUUUCAUCUACAGCACCAUCAGUACCUUUACCAGAAACAAGGAAACAUCUUGAAGUUGAAGCUGCAGAAGACACAUCAUUGUUUUCUUUUUCAAGCAAAAAUACAUCAUUUGGUCAUAUUUCCACAUUUCCUACAAAACCGUGUUACAGUGAGGCUGCCUCUUUAUCCACAUCUAAUUGUCAACAGCCACAUGGUUUAUCUGAAGCAGGAUCCACCUGUGAAUGGAAGGAAACAUCCAGCUGUUUGAAACCAGUCCUAGAGUCUGUUUCUUCACCUUAUUCAGAGAUUUCCCGAGAUCAAGAUUUUAAAAACAAUCUCUUAACAUCUGUCCCAAAUGCUCCUAUUUUACAGAAAGAAGAAAUUUAUAUAAAUACUAAUUUUAAAGAAUGUCUUUUUAGGACAAUUGAAAAGGGAGAUGCCAAUUCUGAUUCAGAUAGUAACAUAAGAGACUCAAAAACAGUUGAGUUAAACCACAUAGGUAAAGUGGCCCUUCACUCCAGUGACCAGUUUGCAACAUUAAUGCAGAUCCCUGAAGCUGAAAAAGACAGUAUGCAAGAGAGCAGGGAUGUUCUGAGAGAAUCUGCUUUAGAGGUUCCCUCAUUUAGAGAAGUGAAAGAAGUACCUCGAGCUGAAGGAUGGGAUUCAGAAAAUAAAUCUGAAUUGCAGACAAAAGGUUUAAUGAAUGGUUCCUCUUCAAGCUUAAAAGUUGAUUAUUCUGGAAAAAAUGUAAGUCAGAAAGCUUUCCCAACUUUGAAUGCUGGGAAUAUGAUGGAGAAGAGCAGCGAGAGGGACAAAUGCGACCUGAAUCCUGCUUCCAAGCCAGGAACACCUUUAUCUGUGGAUUUUGCGAUGGAGAAAUCAGUGCACUUCAAUGUAGAGGGACGUGAGAAAAAAACUAAUACUUCACUUGAUUGUUCUUGUGAAACAAGUGAAAAAUUCCCUCCACAGUUCAACUCAGAUAUGUGUUAUGAAAACAUACCUAGAAUUAAGGAUGUUUGUCAGAUGAGUACUUCUUUUAUGGAAAAUAAUAGCAAUCCUCCAGAUCAGAAACACCCAGAAGUAGCUAAUCGUCUUGUGUGUAACUCCAUUCACUCUGGAAAAAACACAAGUUGUUGCACACCUGCAGUAGGAGAGCAAAAAGAAACUCCAGAUUUGCAUUAUUCAUUUAAUAAAAACAAUUGCUUGGGAGCAGGACUGCAUUCUGGUCUAUCCAGAAAUAACACCGGAAAUGACUCUAGAGGAACUUUGAGAGAAGACGGACUUUUACCAGUCACAGCUUCUCAAAACUUCUGCCUGUAUAUCAAUGAAACGUCCAACAAUCCAAAAGACUCUGUUGAGAGAAAAAUCCAUUGGAGGUCAGAGGGAAACCAGGCUGAAUACAAUAAUACAAUCAUAAACUCUGAAGAACUCAAUAAGCUAGUAAUUAGUAUCAAAGAGCUGGAAUGUGACAUGUUAGAAAUGAAACUUAAUCAAAAUAAACGUUUACAUGGUUACUGUACACUUGAAGCAUUAGAAAGCAGACGAAACUCUGAAGCCUCUAAUUUGAUUCAGAGACCCAAGAGUGAUCAUGAGAAAUGUUGCCCAAACCAAUCUGUAAUUGGAGCAGUAGACGAUGAAGAGAAGAUCCAGCUCACUGAUUCUAGUGAAGAUCUGGGUGCAUCAGAGCUAACAAUGAAGGGUGAGAGUAACAUCUGCAUACCCACUAUUAAUCAUCAUAGAAUCCAAGAAAAAGGAAAACAAAAUAUUUUUCCUGAUGCUAUAAACGAAAGCUGUCAAAGCACAGAAGAGUUUUCUGACACAUUUGACCAACUAGUUAAAAUGAUAUUGGUACAGAAAAUAUCCAUGGCUCUGAGCCAUUCUGCAGAUAAAAAUAUGUAUCAUAAUAAUGAGAUCUUUUCAAAAGAAAUCUUAACAGAAUAUCCUAAUGCUAUUCAGGAAGAUAAAGUUGAUAGGGAAAUAAACUAUUCUGAAGGAGUAGAUAAAGAACAAAGAGAGGCAAGAAAAAAUGAGGAAUGUGCAAAUUCAAAAUUAACUGGAUUACAACUUGCUGAAAAUACCAUUUUGCUGCAAGAAAAUCAGACUCUGUGUUUUACUGAUUGUGGUAAGAGAACAAAAUAUGAUCCUGCUGAAAUACCAGAAAUAUACUUCACUGCUUCUAAAUUGGAAGAACAAGAUGAUGAACUUGAUUUACCAGACAUGUGUAUUAAUAGUAUUGAAACACACAAUGAGAAAGGAUCAGCAAAUCUUUGGAAUCAUGUGAGUGAAAUACUGAAGGACAAUAAUGAUAGUGCUAAUUUAGGGGAUAAUAAAGGUGUCACUGAAUGGUAUGGAAUUAAAAAAGAUCUCAAACAAGUUGAAAGCAUUAACGCACCUCAAUCUUCCACAGAUUAUUCUCAGACUUCUAUUUCAGAACACUGUGAUAAGUUUGUUGGAAACAGUCUUGAUGCUUAUAAAUCUAUACCAAGGUGCUACCUUCCUAAGGAAAAUGAGCCAGUGCAUUUGAUAAGCCCAGGACAAGUAUGUAUACCUGAGGUUCAGUCUCAAACCAUCAAGGCACAAACCAUGCAUACUUUCAAAGCAGAAAAGGAAAGGGGGUGUUUUAAAGAAAAUAAUAGAAAUCCAGAACAGGAUAUCUUCCAAGAUCAAGUUUUACCAGGAAACAUAGGCAGUUACUGCUAUUCAGAUAGUGAGGCAUCUUUAAAUGAAGUAUCAAAACAAAAAGAAUUGCUACCUCACAUCUUUUCAAGGAAUGAUGCCAAUACUGUUGAUAACUUGAUGCCAGUUAGCCAAAGAGAUGCACCACAAAAUAUAAAUCAAGAUUAUGAUUUAACUUCAGUCACUGUUAAAGGAUUUUCCCAUGGUCCCACACAAAGUCUUCUGUUACAAACAGAAAUUACAUAUGGAGAAAAUAGGAACAUUGAUACUAAUACAACAAAUGAUCUUACACUGCCAUUGAGCAAUAAUGUCUGCAAUGAAGUACUUCAGUAUUAUGAUACAGAAAUAAAGAGUAAUGGGAAAGCUGGAAGACUAUCUUCUGUUGACAAAGAGGAAAUAGCUAAAUCUGUAGAUGAUUUAAUGUUAAAUAAAACUUUAAAUUAUUCUGUGUCUGAGCAAAGUCCUAAUAAGCAAGGCACAUAUUCCAAAUUUAUGGAAAGCCAUAAAUCAUUGGAUUAUGCUUCUGUUGACAACACACAAAGCAAUGUUUUCCCUCACGAAAGGUUGGACUCUUCUAUAAAUCACAAUGUUGGUAACUUUCAUGAAGAGUCUGAACAGUUGUUGAAUUCAUUCAACAUACCUCCUAAAGAAAGUGCUACAUUGGGCUCAAUAAUUACUGAAAAAAAUGACUUCACUUCAGUAUUCAGAGGUGAGUUAGAAGAAACGACAUAUUCUUUUCAAGAUUGUUUUGAGAAUAGUGUCAGCCAGAAAGAGGUAGACUCAUCAGUGCAAUAUAAUCAGGAAAAUAAAUGCCUUAUUUCCACAUGCGUUGAAAAUGAAUGCAAAGCCAAUGUUGAAAAAUGUAAUGAAUUCCGGGGAUGUCAAACAGAAACCACAGAAAGUCUUGCAUGCAGAAUGUCUCAUGAUUUCUCUAUAGAAAAUAACACUGUAGCAUCCUCUGAAGUUGGUGAAACUCUUUUAGGAAAUUCUGACAAAUUCAUAUGGGAAAAUACUCAUUGUAUGAAAGACUAUAGUUCUGGAUGUAAUAUGAAUACAUGUAUGUCUGGCUACUCUGCCAGACACUUGAAUACACUAGCUACAGAUGAUCUUUAUUUUAAAGAGAGUAAAGUGUCUGAUUGUCCGGUAUCAAGUGCAGAGGAUUAUGCUUUAUGUCAACAAGAUAGCAAAAUUGAUGGGCGUGGUGAUUGUAUUGAAGAGAUCUAUGAAAAUAAAAAACAAGAUCAAAAUGAUUUCCCUGAAUGUGUGUGCGACCAAGAAAAUGCCUCUUUACAAUCUGACAUUUACACAACUAGAACAGAAACAAAAUUACCAGAAAAAAACUUGCUUACUCCUCAACAUGUUAAUGAAAGGAGCAGCCAUGAAACAGCACCUCCUAAAUGUUCUGUGGAAGAUUUUUCAGCUUGCAUUUUAUUUAAAGAUGCCAACCCGCCAAAGUCCCAAGGGUGUUCCUCAUGUUCUACAUGUAGUUCAUCUACCAACUCACAGCACAAUUCUUUGACUUCCAGUUUGUCAGCUACAUUUCAACUCCAAGAAAAUAACUCGAUUGGUCACCAGGAUUUGCCAGAUAGUUGUUUCUCAUCUUCAGAAACAUCUCUUAAAAGCAACACAAGUCUCAAUGAGACUCUGAUACCUGCUGCUUUAAACCCAGGUCCCUUAAACUGUCCCUCACUUACUGCCAGCCAAUGUGAAGAUUCUGAAAUCCUUAACCCGCCAUUGCGUACUUCGGAAACAAUUAUUUUUUAUGCAGAAGGAAAUGAAUGUCUCCCGUUAUCUAGCUGUCAAAGAAACUCUAUUUUAGAUUGCAGUGGAAUACAUAAUUUUAAGUCUGAGAAAAAAUGCCAUGAAAUAGCAGCGUGGAUUGCAAUAAAUGUUUCUACUACAGAAAUAGGUAACUCUCAAACAACUGCAUGUAAGAUGAUGAAGGCUGAGAGAGAAAUUUUGAUAUCAGACGAACUGAACAAUUCAAGGAAACACGAUAGAAUUCCUCCAGUAUUUCUCAUAAAUGACUGUUUAACUUUGCAAGAAGAGCAUGCACCGGCCGUACAGAAGAAUAAAAAUAACAUUUACACUUCACAGAAUGCAAAGAGAAUGAAAAAAGAUACACAGUGGCCAGAUUUGCAGAGUCAUAGCUUAUCAGCACCAGUGAUUGCUACUUCUGUUGUCGAAUGUGCUUCAGAAACGUCCGAAGAAGACAUGUCUGUGCAUCCAGCUUCUAAGUCAUUACAAGAAUUAAAUAUGAGCAUUGAGCCGCCCUCUCCAACUGAGGUUGACCUGUGCAGUACUAAAAGCUUAUCAAAAUUGAAAACAGAGAAUGUCCCAAGUAAUUUUAAACCCAGGUUUCAAAAAAAAUCUAUUGUAGCCCAAGGAGACUAUAAAGAACAAUCUCAAGAUGUUCCUUCUUCAGAUUCACCUCCAGUUUCUUGCCUAAAAGCUGUCGCUUACUCUAUUGAUAAUCUUACAGAUAUAGAAGCAAACAAAUGCUCGAGUAGCAUUACCCCACUGCAUGAUUAUAUAAACAAAAAUAAAGAACCGAGAUAUCAAUUGGAGGCAACAAAUGAACUAGAUAAAGAUAAUAAUGAUUCAAUGCACUUUAAUUCGAGUGAUAUAAACCCUUACAUACACCCAUGGCAGCAAGAUGAAUGUUGCAAGAUGGGUUGGAAACAAUAUGUAUUUGGAAGUGCAAGUGAUGUUUCCGGCAAUCCUCCUCCACUGAGCUUGGAUAAUCAAACUGUUAUAAGAUGUUCCAGUGUGGAUAAUGGUUUGAACUCUCAAAAUUCUCCAUUCCAUUCUCAUCUCAGUUCAUAUGCUAUUGCAAGAAUGUUGUCCAGCACCCUUAGUAGUACCGAAGAUCUCCAAAGGUGGGAAGUUGCAAGAGAAAGUUUCGAUUCUACGCAUUCUGAUGGAAAUGACAAACGUGAUACAAAUAUUUCUCAGGAUGAACUUGAAAACACACCAGAAAAUUGCAUUUCCAGUUGUGAAAAUGUUCUUCCAGAUAUGAGAUGCACUCAACAAUCUGAAAAUACUUCCACACCAGUUGAUGAAAUUGUUCUAUUCUACCCCACUAAAACAAAUUUACCAUAUAAUAAACAGCAAGAAAUAGUUAUUUGUGAUCGGGAAACACAGACAGAAGCUCCAGCAAAGCAUAAGAGACAGAAGAGACAUCGCAGAAGCUAUACAGACCUACCUGCAAGAAAACCUGAGCCAAGCAACAGUUCAUUCCAAGAACCUUCUUCUUGGUCAAGCGUGCAGAACAUUUCCAUGCAUCUUUCACAGCUUCUUCACAACACCUCUGAGCUGCUUGGAAAUUUGUCCUUUCAAAAAAUAAAGGACGACAAACCAAAUUACCAUAAAGCAGUUGAACAGAGAACAAGCUUUGGCAUGUUUGAUCGCCAUACUCAAACAACCGAAGACAUAGGCAUUCAAACUGAUAUUUUAGGACAUCCUCGAAAUACAAUUGAGGACAGACAAAUUGAUGCUAAUGUGAAAACCGAGCUAGUGAAAUCUCAAGAAGUAAAUGUUAUUGUGAAGCUAGUACAUCCAGAUACUAUAAGUCUACCUAAGGAAAGAAUAUCAAAAACCAAAGGAAAGAAAUUGCUGAGUAUGCCUGACAUAAGAAGUCAUGAUGUUGAUACUCAAGAACAUUAUUAUAUGCCUCAAUCUAUUUUAGGUAUGCAUUCCAGUUCUUCUUCAGAAGUGCCUAAAACACCAUUAACUAUUUCAUCAACACCUGCUUUCAAUAGUCCCCAAAGUAUAUCCAACUGCACCCCCAUUAUAACCAUGCCCCCAUAUCUGGAGAAGAAUGAGAAGGGUGGUUCUUUACUCAGGUCAGAAAUGAGUGACAUGCAAGACGAUAAUGAUGUUGAUGAAGAGGAUGAUGAUGAUGAUGACGAUGAUACAAAAACAGGAUCUGAUAUUGAUAGUAUGUGUAAUACUGAAAUCUUGCUAAAUGGAAACACUUCGUUAGUAAAGGCCCACAGACAUCGAAGUUACAGUCUUCGUGACCUGCCCAUGCACAAUAAAUUCAGCAAUUGGUGUGGUGUAAGGGGCUCCUCACUCUCCUUAACUAGCCUGACAUUGAGUGCUAGCGAUAUCCACAGCCAGACAGAAGGGAAAUCGGUUAACAGAAGAACCACUGAAAUAGAAGAGAGAUUUCUACUUAGCGAAAGGAGAGACAGAGAGAUUGAGAGACUAAGAAGAGAGCGUGCCCAGGUUAUGGCUGGAAUACAUUUAGAUAUGAGUCAGCAACCUCUUACUGUGAACACGGAAGCAAAGCUAACCUAUGGGAUUGGUGCCGAUGCACAACUCAGGAUUCUUCAGAAUAUAGUUGGUGAGGAAUUGACAGCAGGUGCCCACAAAGCAGCAGCUUUACGAAAGGUAACUAUUUUCUCAACAUACAGAUUGGCUAAAUACAGCAGGAGUUUGACAUUCAGGCACAAGAAAUCAAUUGAAAUUUUAAGGAAACAGAGAGAAGAGAGACUUCAGUGCUUCAGAAGGAGUCGCAGUCUUAGUCCACAAAAGCAUCUGAAUUUUUUGCAAACCCUGGACAGUAACCAGAGAGAAAUAGAUCUGCCCAGCCGACGCCGUGAAUACCUCCAACAGUUGAGACGGGAUGUUGUAGAAAAUACAAGGGUUCAGGAACCAAAAAUCAGGAUCCGGUAUCCUUCAGAAAUUGAACAGCUGCUUCGAGAAUAUCAGAAAGCACAAGAAGAAACUAAAACUGAAAUUGCACGAGCGAGGGACAAGCUCCGGGAAAGAGCUGAGCAAGAAAAGAAGCGCAUUCGAGAACAAAUAUAUGCUCAGCUGCAGAAGGAAGAAAUUAAGCUGAAGACUCUUAUAAGCACAAGCACUUUACACACAGAUUCCACCCUUAGUUUGUCUUCAGGACCAACUUCUGGAUACAACAGUAGUAACACAGCUACUUAUUCCACUAGUAUUCUUAGCAAACAAGGAGCCCAGCUUUGUGCCAAAGAUGUGGAACAUUCAUCAGAAGAUGCAAGAGGACGCUCAGCUAUUAGUAACCAUCACCUUUGCAUACUCAAACAAGCGCAAAAGGGAACUGCUAGUGAGACUUUUCCUGUGACUUCUUCAUCUGUGGAGAAGUGCAGCCUUAGGUACCCUCAUAGCCUACUUAUUUCACCUAGCACCUUUUCAGCUUCUUCAGUGAAAGGAUAUGAAGAUUUGUCCAAACAUGUCUUGGCUACUGCUACUGCUGAGGUUAUGGCAGUAUGUUCAAAUGACUUGAAAAACCUUUACAGUGGGCAGGCAACUGCUGGCUGGAAAUAUCAAUGCACAGAGAAGAACGUGUUUGUUUAUUAUAAAGCCUUCUCAUCAUCUACAACUAAGCAUGGGUUUUUGGGAGCAGGAGUGAUCAACCAACCUCUUUCCACGGUAUUGUGUAUGUUGAAGGAUGCUAGUAAGCGACAUUUGUAUGACAAAACCAUUACUACAGCUCAGGUACAUAAGAAAAUAACCAGCAAUAUUGAGUUGGUAUACGUGGUGAGUGAGGAUUCCUUUUGUUACCAAAAGCAACCAAGAGAUUUCUGCUGCAUCUGUGUAGAAGCCAAAGAGGAAAAUAUGUACAUCUUAGCUCUUCAAUCUAUCUAUGAAGAGUCAAUGCCUCGCCCAUGUAAAGAAAUGGUACGAGGAGAGAUUUUGCCCAGUGCAUGGAUAUUACAACCUGAUACCAUGAAUGGAAAAGACAUCACUAAAGUCAUAUAUAUGGCACAGGUAGACCUUGGUGCCCCAGCGAUUCCUGCAAGACUUCUGAGCUCUUUUAUAAAGAGACAACCUUUGGUAAUUGCUCAGCUUUCCCAUUUUCUCACCUCUUAGAUGGGCACAAUGCACACUGUCAACAAACUCUGUUUCAAAAUGUAAAUACCAGCAACAGCAGAAUUGGCUUUCUGAAACUGGUGGCAGGAGGAAAGCCUUGCCAGACCACACAGAAUCAUAAAUGGUUACUCCGCAUUACAAAUAUUCUCCUUGUUCAGUUAGAAAAAAACCUUGAAUGAGAUUUUUGGUUGGUGGUUAAGAGAAAUGGCAACCUUUACAGAUACACUGGUCAAGAAAUUUUCCUUGAAAUAUUGAUUUUACAUUGAAUUUCUCCUUCGAUCAGAUGAUUAUGGAAAGGCUGCUGGUGCAGUAAAACACAAAAGAACUUUUUUUUUAAUGUUAAGAAACAUAUCGUUUUGGAAGCUAAACUAAGCUACUAUAAAGCUCUUUGUAGAGUGCCUGAUCAAUGCCUGAUCAAUGAAAAAUGCAUAACAGCACUACAGUGUUACUGGCUGGAGAAGCAACUCACUCUCAAGGUAGAGUACUAAGUUGUGAAAAUGAGAACUGGUUUAUGCUUUCUCUUGGUCAGAAAUGCAACUCAGGAAGAGAGACAGGACAUUUUUUUCGCACUACAGAAUCACUCCACCCUAAGACUACAUGUUGAAAACCAGUAAUAUAACAGCAUUAACACACCUGCAAGUUUCCUACAUAGCUACCACUACAUUCUGAAUGCCGGAGAGGAAUUCCUGUCACAGCAUCUCAUUCAGCAAAUAUCCUUGCCACUCUUCUUUUCCUGGAAGAGCAACAGGAUCCAUGGUAAUGAAAAUAAGGUCAAAACAUAGGAAGUCCACCAUGGUUUUACCCCAUGACUUUUUAUCAGGUUGAAAAUCUAACCUCUCAGCCUCAACUGUUCAUGUCAUAUCGACUUGCAUUCCCCGUGAGCUGCUUUAUAAAAUUACAUUUUUCUAUUUGCGUUCUUCAAUGUCUUUUUUUUUAGUAAUAAAUAUGAUUGUAUAAAAUAAAUGCCAAACCACAUUCACAUAAUUAGGUUCAAAGUGAACGAGCAUAGAAUUAACAUUCUCAUCCCUCACUGUUCCUAGAACAAUUAAUAUUUGAAAGUAGGUUUUAUUCAUGUGAAUGCGCACCCUGUCUGAUUCAGGUUAUUCCUAAGAAUACAAAUCAAGUUAUGUAACCUAGAAUUAUUGCUACCUAUUACCAUUUUCUGCCAGCUAGCUUUUAGUAUUUAGAAAUUUGCUAAUCCUGAAGGAAGGCAGUGGCACAUUUCUUGUCAAGAAAAUUGAAUGAUUAUGCCUGUGUGGUCCCCAGGAGUCAAACUGGUUUGAAGGUGACUUAUUCUCCCCUCAAGAGCUUAACGUUUUAGGUCCACUCUGUUACUACAACUGCCCGCAACUUACUUGUGACAUUUUAUGAAGUAAAAAUUACUAAGGGGUAUUGUUCCUUAAAACAGAACUGAGUUUGGGAGAGAAAAGAUAGAAAGGCUGUAAAACAUGUCACUGUUCUUCUGUAUUAAUUGGAAAGCAAUUAAGUUUAGUAAUUAUGGUAGCAUAAAAUAGUAAGAAAGGACAGGUUUUCAGAGGCUGCCUACAGACAACAUGGUGUUUUCCAUAUCUUAUUUUUGUUGGACUAGGUAAAGAGAAUUCUCCCUUUCCCCACAAAUAUGUGGAAAGUGCCUUUUGAAUCUAAAAGGGAACUGUUUGCGCUUUUUUUUGUUAAACAAUAGGGUGUAAAACUAAUUCACUGAUCUGAACUAGUUGGGGACUGUGGGCAGCAUAAAUGAAUCUAUAUUUCAGUGCAUACUGACUUGGCUUUGUUAUGUAGACAUCAACUUGGCAUGUAGCACAAGCAUAAGCAUCAUGUGAUCUAAAUAAAGCACAGAUGGUGACUGACAAGAUAAAUGUUGAUCAAUGCCAAGGAGUUGAUACGACUAUAGAAAUAAUGUGUAGCAUCGGAAAUAUUUUAGCUUUGUUGUCCUCUGCGUUAUUUGAAGUGGGCGGUAGAGAUAAUCUUCUCUACCAGAAAUCACAUCAUUUAAGAUGGGAAGCAAAUCUGAUUCUAGGACUGCAUUCCAAGAAUCACCGGCUGCUCACUGUGUUUAUUUUUUCCCUUACUUUUUGAACCUGGUACCCCUAUUAAUGAAUCAAGCAAUUUUAAAAGGCACAUCCAAGAUGGACUCCUCUCCUAAUGCAGGUGUGCUUGUCAAAGGAUAAUGUUUUAUUGUACAGAGCAUCAGAUAUUUAUUUUUAUAACUGCAUACAACUGUUUAUUUCUAUGUUUACAACUUAAGUUAUUUAUAUAUACUUAUUUUGAAAUGAUUUUAUAUGCUGAAGCUAAUUAUUAUGUUUAUGGUUAUUCAAUUAAUGUAUGCUUUCUAGAAAUAAUUGUUACAUUGAAAUAUAUUUAUAUAAUAAUAUUUGCACUUAUAACACUAUGGUACCUGUGAAUGCCUGGGGUAGGAAGAAUAGUCUUAAAGUGGGGCAAAAUCUUUUAUUGAAUGUGACAAAAUAUACCACUUUAUUGAAACAUACCUUCAGCCCAUAUCUGCUUUUAACCAAGAUUGCUAUUUUCAUAUUCUCACAAUAAAUACUUUUUUAUAUAUAUAGAAAGUGGCUAAAAGUGGCAUUUUUCCUGUUGAAUUCUUUCUCACCCACCCACAAAAUAAAUCUUACUAUUUAAGAAUGCCAGAGUAAAUAACUUAAGCCAGUGUUUCUCAAUCUUGGCAUGUUGAAGAU